AUGAAUAAGUUUGUGGAUUCUGUUGAUUUUAUGUUGUUGAUUUCUUUGUCUUUUUGUGUGUUGAGUUAUGUUAAUAGAGAUCCGAUUAAGAGUAGUUUUUUUUUGGUUUUUUCUAUGUUGUUUUGUAUACCUGUUAUGUCUUUUGUAAGUUAUGUGGGGAUUUUUGUGAUUUUAGUGUAUUUUUCUAUUGAUAUGGAUUAUAGUAAAUGGUUGUAUGUAGGUCUAGCUGUUUUUUAUUAUGAGUUGAAUGUAUUUAUUUUGAUGUAUUUAAUUUUAUUGCUUGUUUUUUUUAUGAGAUUUGUGAGUUAUUAUUUAAGUUUUUCUGGGGCUUUGCGUAGGUUAUAG